GACGGUUUGCCUUCGCAGAGCCGUAUCCACCGUCGCUGGACGACAGACUAUCAUCCUCGCAGAAACUCCUCGGUAGACCCGCUUCUGUCAGCUUCCCGGCUUUUAUCAGCGUCACACACAAGAUGCAACCUAAAAUGACUGUCUUGUGCACACUGAUGGCGUUUGUGAUGGUCGUCGCAAUUUCGAGUCUCACAGUCGAUGCAAUACCGCACAGCCAUGAAAGUUACUGGGAUCAACAGGAUGACAUAGACCGAGACGAGUUUUUAGAGCUACUUUCUCGUCUAAGUCGCACCGUUAUGAACCGUCCCGAAAUGGAAAACAGCAAACGAGGAUUGGAUCUGGGUCUCAGUCGUGGCUUCAGCGGUUCUCAAGCGGCGAAACAUUUGAUGGGACUCGCGGCGGCGAAUUAUGCCGGCGGUCCCGGACGGAGGCGUCGCUCGGAACAGGCGUAAAUCGCAGACACGAUCGCUGAUGCAAAGAGAUUACUAUCCGUAAUAACUAUCCGUAAUAAUGUCACUUUUGACUCGAUCUUUCCACUUUGUCUCUAUCUCGAGCUUGAACCGCCACCAAUUUCGAAAUCGCCGUUGCCAGUGGCGUGACUGAAUGAGCAUGCAAUUAAAUCCUCUCUAUUAAUUAUUCCUGCUCUUUUCCUAAAUAAAUCUUAAUAGAAUGUGCAUAAAUAUGUACGCGUGUCCAUCUCUUUAGAACGUAAAUAGAAUAAGUUCGUUAUCAGUCUAAACUUGCGAUAAUAGUAAAUUAACAAUCGAUGUUGACAAAUUUAAUCAAUUUUUCAUCUCUCUCUAGCCUUUGCACUUAAAACUUUGUACAUUCCUCCAUUUAGUUGCACCACUGGCCGUUCGUGUCUGCUGCAUUGUUAAAUUGCGAAUUACUUUUUGUUUUAUAUCCUUUUUGUGGAAGUGAAUGUGUGAUAAUAUUGCUUGGCAGAGAUGCUUUCAUCUAAAAUUAAUGUAAAAUAAAAAGAGUACCUAUAUGCAUUUUUCAAAUUAUAUAAUGGAUACAAACUGGC